AGUUGUUAUAUUGGUAAUGUCCAAAUCUAUGUUGUUUAUUUCAGUGGAAGGGUGGUGUAAGGUCGUCGUUGUGUAAUAAUAGUGCUUUGGGGAAGAAAGAGGAAAACAUGGGAGGCGAUCAUGGACAUCACAAAUAUGAAGUACCAGAUUACAGAAUUUACAAGAUUGAAGACUGUCCGAAGUUAGUGAAAGUACAAAAGGCUCUGGCACAGAAGGGAUUGAAGGAUCCGUGGCUGCGGAAUGAAGUAUGGCGCUUUCAACCAGCUUUCAAAACCGAGGGAUACAGAGCAAGACUAACCUUUUUCCGUGGAAUACAGUGGGGAUUUGCGGCAUUCCUAGCUACAAUUGCAAUUGAAAAGGUGUGGGAAACAAUGUCUCCCAGUGAUCACAGUCAUGGACAUCACUGAUGUCAAAUUGUUAUAUAGGAAAUAAACAGCUUCUGCAGUUACUGUAGCAAGUUGCAUUUCCUUAGGCAUAUUAAAGUAUAGAAGUGUAAUAUAUAAAUUUACAUGAAAUAAAGCUGUUAUGAUUUCA